CGUAGAGUUGUACAACAGUUGUACUUUCUCAUUAACAUACCUUCCCCGGGAAGUUGAGAAUAUCGUGAAUUGAUAAGUUGACAUAAAACUUUCUGCCAACUUUUGCUGUUAGAAAUGCCAAGUUUAAUUACGUAUGAAAGAAAGAGUUUGACAGACUCUCAAUAUCAUGCAUUGGGAGUAUAUUUCACGAAGAAAAGACAACGAGAAAGAGAAAAGAAACGGGAAAACGAAAGCUCUUCACUGGAACAACCAACUACCUCAACUGAGACUACUGAGUUAAAUGACGAAGAGAAAAUUGACAGUCCUCCAAGUGCUAAGAAGCCAACUGCUAAGGAACGUCGUGAAGAGAUACAAAAAGACCUAGACGACGUCGAAAAGCAGCUGGAGGAACUAGAAACAACACUGGCUUCUCUUGAGAAACAAAAACACGAACUGUUUGAGGAGUUAAAAGGCCUAGUACAUAACAAAAAGCACGAAGAGAAAGAAAAACAAUUCAGUACUGCACCUUCAGGACUUCCUACCUUCACCACACAACAGCCACCAGGCUUUCCUCCUGCUGGUGAAGGACUGCCAGCUGUGUCUUGUUCACAAGCUCUACCAAAAACUAUUAGUCGAUACGAAAGUGCUUUACCAAACAAUCAAUUACCAUUGAAUUUCCAACAUCGUGAUGUUCACCGUCAUUUCAUUGCUGGAACUCAAAGUAAUCCAUCACCCUAUCCCUCUCAACCCUCUUUGAAUCCAUUUGUCCCUCAUGAUGUACCAAGAAAUCGUCAACCAUAUCUAGCUUCUAAUACUAACCCUGAAACACUACCCCCACCCCCACCACCACCACCAUCAGGUCAACCACCACCUCCACCUUCUGGUCAUCUACCCCCACCACCCCCUCCUUCAAAUCAACCGCGACCUUCAUUCUCUGGUCAUCUACUUUCAAGUAAACCUCGACCCCUACUACCAAGAUACCCAACAUUACAACAAGCUUCACAUACACCAUCAAGUCUAGCACCACACAUACAAGGUCAAGCUUCAUCUUCUCAUGGUACUCACUUCAUACCAUCCUCUAACAAACCCUGGCCUCUUCCCCUGGUUCAUCCACCACCCCCACCAUCAGGUCAACCACCUCCUUCUCUGUCUUCUCAUUUUCGUCCGCCUCCUUCUGGUGUUUUCCAUCCUCCACAAUCAGUUCUCCCAAGUUAUGGUCAGGAGCCUAGAUCAACCCCUCCUGCAAUACCUCAAUCAUCACGUUCGAAUCAACCUCCGCCACCUCCAUCUGGUCAUCCACCAAGGAAGAAAGAUAUUUGGUCCACAUCACGAUCCAGAUACCACUGAUCUUUGUUACUACAUUAGCAAUGUAACGUGAAAGCGCAUGCGUAAAUUUCACUGAGACAAUUACUUCUAAAGUUUAUUUGAAUUCUAUAAAAUUAAAAUGUUCAAAGUCAGAUUAAUAAUUAAAAGUGUGAUCUUUGUUGA